AUGAAAAACAUCUUCAUCACCGUGUGCUGUUUGCUUGCAGGCAUCACCAUCGCAACCAGCAACGGACUUCCCGAAGUUCCCACAGAAGACUGGUGUGGACGUCCCGGACAAGCAUGCAAGCGUGCUCCACUCGCUGAGGCUGUUGAGGCUGUUGAACCUUGGUGCGGACGCACUGGACAAGCAUGCAAGCGAACCCCAAUCAAUGAGGCUGAACCUGAUGAAGCUUGGUGCGGACGCACUGGACAGUACAGGCAUGCAAGCGAACCCCAAUCGUUGAGACUGAAGCUGAUGAAUCUUGGUGCGGACGCACUGGACAAGCAUGCCGCAAGUACAAGCGGGCAGCUUGAGUCGCUAGGCCCCCAGGAUCCCCCAUCAAACCCAAUCCUUUUGAGAUCGACCACAAGAAUCUCGAGAAGACACAUGAGAGGGAGUUGCCGGGGGUGA